CUAGAAGAACAUGAAAGCAGAAAAGCUAAGCAUACGGAUUAAUGUCGCAUCACCGUAUGGAGCGCAGCAGUCUAUCUUCACGAGAGAGUUUUUAAAGAUACUGUUCUUAGGAUUUUCCUAGUACGACUGUUAGAUGAAAAAGCUGAACUACGUUGUCUAUCCUUUUAUGUAAUGUUAGGUCACUUAAUCCUAGUAUAUCUCAUCAUAGUACUAGGGGGUAAAAGUCAUCACUUAGUACAAUCUCACAAAAUCUUUUCUUGUCUCAAAAGGUUGUCUUAUUCUUUCCAGAUACACAGUUGAUGAGUUGAACGAUUGUUGUCCUUAAUACUGUGCUUUACGGGUCUUGUCCAUCGAUUAAUCAAUACAUUCCUGUAGUUGCUGGUUGUUUCUAUAUAAACUCAUUCAGCUAUAACAUCAGUUUUCAUCACAAUCACGAUCAUCCAAAUAUUUAGCUAAGCCAACAAUUAUAAUUCAGUAUCAAUCACUAUAUCACUAUCAGCAAUGGCUCAGCCUCAAUGUAUUUCAGGUCUAUCUGGGAAACUUGUGACUAAAUCAAAUGUUAACUGCGGUGCCAACGAUUUUUACACAAUUUUUAAGCAGCAUGUAGAUGUUCCGAAAGCGAUACCUCAAAUUUACAAGUGCGUGAAAGUUGUUGAGGGAGAUGGAACUACUUCCGGUUGUAUCAAGGAAUGGGGAUACCAUUGUGAGGGUAAGGAACUGAUUGUCAAGGAGAAAACGACAUACACCGAUGAAACAAGGACGAUAUGUCACUGCGUAGUAGGAGGAGACAUAGCAAAUGAGUACAAGAAAUUUUAUGCAAUUCUUGUGGUUAAUCCAAAGCCUUGUGGUAAUGGAAGCAUUGUGAGUUGGACUGUUGAUUACGAGAAGAUUAAUAAGGAUUCUCCAAUUCCUAUUCCUUAUAUAGCUCUGUUCGCUCGGGUCAUUGAAGGCUUGGACUCCUACCUCUGCGCUUAUGCUUAAAUUAUCGAUGGGUUUGCAUAUAUAUCAUGGGAGAAUCCUAGGGUCCUGCAGAUGGUAAUAAAACUAUAAAUAAGCGUGGACUUGCCAAGAUUCUACCUUCUACCUUAUCAUCAAGGCUUACAUAUUGCAUGUCUGCGUGGUUUGUUUCGUAUUAAAUGAAUAAGUUAAUUAUCCAAGUCGUUUGGAGUGUUUCUACUGUUUAUAAUGAACAAGUGAUUUAUCUAA